GGGACUACUUUAUACAUUGGCGGGUGCAGCCAUAUUGACAACAAAUCGGGCUUGUUCAUUCUAAAUCCAGUGCAAUCUACGUAUUUUUUUAGGCAACUGACAAGACCAAAAUGGCCACAAGGGAGGAUCAUGUUUACCAAGCAAAAUUGGCUGAACAAGCAGAAAGAUAUGAUGAGAUGGUGUCAGCCAUGAAAGAAGUAGCCAUGAUGGGUGUUAACUUAACUGUUGAAGAAAGAAACCUUUUAUCAGUAGCUUACAAAAAUGUGAUAGGAGCCAGAAGAGCCUCAUGGCGAAUAAUUAGUAGUUUGGAACAAAAAGAGGAAGGCUCAAGUAAUAGUGAAAAACUAGCUAUGAUUAAAGAAUAUAGAAUACAGAUUGAAAAUGAAUUGAAAGAUAUCUGUAACCAGGUCUUACAAGUUCUAGAUUCAUAUUUAAUACCCUCUGCAAAUGGUUUCGGAGAAUCAACAGUGUUUUAUUUCAAAAUGAAAGGGGAUUAUCACCGGUAUUUGGCUGAAUUUGCUACAGGAAAUGAUAGAAAAGAAGCUGCAGAAAAAAGUUUAACUUCAUACAAAACUGCUAGUGAAGUAGCUUCAGCACAAUUACCCCCAACACAUCCUAUUCGACUUGGUUUAGCUCUAAAUUUCUCAGUAUUUUAUUAUGAGAUUUUAAAUUCACCAGAAAGAGCUUGCCGAUUAGCAAAAGCAGCAUUUGAUGAUGCUAUAGCAGAAUUGGAUACAUUAAGUGAGGAUAGUUACAAAGAUUCCACAUUAAUAAUGCAGUUAUUAAGAGAUAACUUGACACUCUGGACGUCAGACAUGCAGGGAGAUGGUAGUGAAGAAACACCUGCUAGAGAAACACUUCAAGAUGUAGAAGGAGAAGAUGGAUCGUAAAAUAUGUCCGUACUUAGAACACCGAAAAAUAUUAUUUGUAAUUUUCUUAUUAAUAAACUGCAACAUGUUAUGAUCCGACCCAAGAGGCUGGGUGUGUUCUUGUCUCUAUCUCUGGCUCUGUACAAAAAUCAUGUUCGUAAUCUGAAGAUCAGUCUUGUUUGUCUUGUGUAUGUCAUUUGACCAAGACUUUAAUUAUUUGAAUCUUAGUACUACAAACACUCACUAUAGUUGAAAUUGAAUUAAAUUGGUUAACAAAAUUAACAAAACAACAUAACAUAACAAAAUAUCUAAAUAUUUGAUGAUUAAAAAUUAUAUUGGCCUAUAGACAUAACAAAAUAAUAGGCUAUACUUUAAAAAGUUGAUAACUUAGGGCAGUAUUUUUGAAGAAACAUCGUAUACAUCUGUUGACUGAUGUAAGUUUUCAGAUUACGGACUAAAUCUAUAACAUACUCUCACCACUAAUGAUGUUGUAUGUAUGUUUAUGUAUGUAUGUAGAAUGUACAUUACCAUUAUUAUAUAAUUGUACCUUACACUAUUGUUUUAUAUCAUGUAUUGUUUUUUUUUUUCUCGUAUCUUUGGUGGUUAAUUUGUCGAGAGUUAUGUUGCCCUCAUGUUAUUGCCAGUGGUAGAGUCAAGUACGCUUUAUACUAAUUGUCUUGAGCUCACAAGCGUCAUAAUUGUCACUAUCUAGGAGAUAUUCAAGUUGUUUAACAUCUAAAUCAGGAUUAAAAUGAAAAGAGUGUGGUAAUUUCAAGAAAAGUGGUCCAACUUGGAAAAUGGUGGAUCAACUUGGAAACUAAAGAUCUUUGUGAACUUGACAAAAUGACUCCAUGAAUGAAAAGACAGAUUCCUUUGUGAUUAUUUCUUUCAACUCUUGUGUAUCUUUUGAUUCGUAACUACCAAUUUUGUCUUUUUAUUGGAUUUAUAUCUUGACUAUAAUUGAAGACUGCAAUAGUCAAAGAAGCGGACAAUUUUUUUUUUUUGGGACAUAAUUGCUGUAAUUUGUACUUAGUAGGAGUUGAAAUAUUCUAAUGAAAGUUUGUUUCCAACUUUUGAUGUACUGUUAGUCAGCUCACCAUUAAGUAUAAUUGAUUGUAGAACCUAAGUUAUGAUUAUUUACCCUGAAUUUAAUUUUUUUGCACUUGAAGUUUAGCUGCUGUUUUUUUUCUAUCUGUUUUUGGUAGAAGUUAUAUUUUUAUUAUGUUAUUACUAUAUCUACAUACUGUAAUGAUGUAGGCCUAGAGUAGAAAAUAAUGUGGGUAUUAUUUACAAAUCGUUUCUUUCUCAAAUUUAAAAUAGCUAUUGCCAGUGUUGUGAAGAUAUUUUUGACUGUUGAUCACUGUUCAAUGUUUAGUAAUAUUAUUUGUAUAGAAGUUUAAACUGUAAACACUUAUGUCAUGCUUUCAACAUUAUUAAACAUAUUCAAGUGCAGUA